GAUAUUCGAGAUAUCGAAAAUAUCGAGGUGGUACGUCACUGGAUAUUGGAAGUUUUGAGUGCAAUGUUUAUGUUUGGCUUGGAGUUCUUCGUCUAAUUGUCCCUGGAAAAUGCAUAUUGCCGGUGUUCUUACAACUUUGCUGAUUCUCGUCGGUGUCCACAAUGCUCAGUGCUACCUGAAUGUGUACAUGAACGUGCAGGAAGGGCAGAAAUUGCUUGGUCUUCCUGCUGAACUGUUCUAUAUUAGAGCUGGUGUAGUGAACACAAAUGCUCUGGAUUAUGUGAUAAACAUCCCGAGUCGUGUGAGCAGCAUUCUGAUCAAUUGGCAAAGUCUUAUUGGCAGGCCAAUUUCUUACGGGAUCAGCGUCUCGAAUUCUCUUCCCUCAGCUAUUUCCGUGAAUCUCAACAUUACGAAGAGUGGCUACAUUCCCACUGAACUCGAUGCCUUCCAACUGGCAUUGGUCUGCCGUGAGGGAAUCAGUGUGGAGGCGGAUGUGAACAUCACAAUCCAAGUAACGCUUAACAGAGCGCUUAAUAAUGUCACGGAAUUCACAUUGCGGAGAAGGAAAAUGUGCUACGCGAUUGUGGAGAGUGAGGAUGAGCUCUUCUUGGACAGUGUAGUUCCACCAGAGAGAACAGAGAAUGGGAUUUUGGCUAUCUGUGUGGGAUGUGUGGUGUCAUUGGUCAUUGCCACGACUCUCAUGUGUGUGGCUUUAUGUUUCCGCAACUCCUUGUCUUAUCAGAAGUCAAAGUUCAGCAAAAUUGAGGUUUUGCAGGAACUGCCCAAGACGCAAAAAGUGGUUCCUGUCGUAAGAAAUCCACCACCACCUGCAUCAGAGCCUCAAGAACUUCACCGGCGAAUCUCUGAGCUCACUGUUCAGCGAUGCAGAGUGCGUCUGUCGAGUCUGCUGCAAGAGGGAACGUAUGGCAAGGUGUACAGAGGCAGUUAUAAUGACACAGAUGAGGUGCUGGUGAAGACUGUCGGGCAGCACGCCAGUCAAAUUCAGGUCUCUUUACUGCUUCAGGAGGGAAUGAGCUUGUAUGGCGCGUCUCAUGCUGGGAUUCUGUCAGUUCUUGGAGUGUCUAUUGAAGAUCACACGGCUCCUUUCCUUCUCUAUCCUGCUCCGGACAACACAAGGAAUCUAAAGCUAUUCCUGCAAACACCACUCGCGCGAACUCUGACCACUAUUCAGAUUGUGAGGAUGUCUUCACAGAUCGCUCUAGCCUUGGCGCAUCUCCACAGCCACGGAGUGAUCCACAAAGAUGUGGCCACGAGAAAUUGCGUGAUAAAUGACGAAUUGAGGAUAAAACUAGCUGAUAACUCGCUGUCAAGGGAUCUCUUCCCGGGAGACUAUCACUGUCUCGGCGAUGGAGAGAACAGACCUAUUAAAUGGUUCGCUUUGGAGGCUUUGCAGGAUAAGAUUUUCUCCGAGGCUUCAGACACCUGGGCUUUUGGGGUGUUUAUGUGGGAAUUGUGCACUCUGGCGAAGCAACCAUACGCAGAAGUAGAUUGCUUCGAGAUGGAACACUACUUGAGGGAUGGAUACAGACUCUCACAGCCGGUGAAUUGUCCUGAUGAACUCUUCGCCAUCAUGGCGUACUGCUGGGCUCUGUUGCCUCAAGAAAGACCCACUUUUGAUCAACUGGACAUCUGCCUACAAGAUUUCUACUCGCAGAUCACGAAGUACGUGUGAAGGUGCGCUGGCUAGUACAAGUAUAGUGAAUAUAACCCAAGGCUGACUGUGUAUGUGUGCGGUAUGUGCUUUUCUACAUGUCUAGGACUAACCCGAAGGACCUGAAGUUCUUUUUUCUUGGACGUGAAAUAAA